AAAAUAAUCAUAAAAAAUAAGUAUGCAUCGUUCAUGAUGAGCAAAAAAAGUAGUCCCUGUCGUCACAGGGGUGUGGGCGACUCACAGUGUAUAAAUACGCAGGGUUGUCAAACAGUAAAGUUUCAGCGGACACUUCCAGAGCAAAGUGUCAUCGGGAGACAAAGUGCGUCAGAUAAUUAGAGCUGCGGUGGCAAAAGGGAAAAAAUACCGAAACGUAAGGUGAAAAUAUCAAGCUCGGACUGUCACCUCCGCCUUGAAUUCAAAUUGUUUAUACGGGAAUUAAUAUAGAGAGAGCAAAUCAAGCUCGGACACCAUCGUCGUUAUCACUGAUAGCUGGAACGUCUAGAGAACUUGAAAACAGCCUGCAACCCCCGGUCCCUGCUUCUGAGAUACCCUUGCCGAUAUGACGCUAAAAGAGUCAACGACUUUUCAGUAAGCCGGAGGUACAUCUGUGCUGCCUCCCUUUCAACAGCAUCCUCUAACACUUUGCUCACACGACGGCACUAACCGGAAGCAACCAUGCAUCUAGAGGUCAAGGUGGCCCUCAACUUUAUCGUGUCCUACCUUUACAACAAGCUGCCUCGUCGUCGGGCUGACCUGUUUGGUGAGGAGUUGGAGCGGAUACUGGUCUCCCGCUUUGAGGGACACUGGUAUCCCGAGGCCCCGCUUAGGGGAUCCGCUUUCCGCUGCAUCCACUUGGGGGCGCCGAGGGACCCUGUGGUGGAGCUAGCCGCCAAAAGAAGUGGACUGGACACAGAGGAGGUCCGCGCUAAUGUCCCCGCAGAGCUCAGCGUGUGGAUCGACCCUUAUGAGGUUUCCUACCAGAUUGGAGAGAAGGGGGCAGUGAAGGUGCUGUACCUGGAGGACCCUCCAGGCCUCGGUUGUGACAGCGAGAGGGCUGAGCCGGUUAACGGAGAAGGCAAAGGAGAGGCAGAGGCUGAGGAGGCCAAGAGCUUGGGAUUUAAUCCAGAUGCUCAGGUGUUUGUGCCAAUUGGAAGUCAAGCAUCUCCAGCACUCAUGCCAUCCCUGUCAAGCUCUCCCACACCUUUGACAGCUCAGCCUGGGCUCUUUAGCUACCCUAGCUCCAGCACACCUACUGACCCUGGCGUCCAUUCAUCCAACACCUCCUCCCCUUCUCCUCCCAGUGGCGGAUUGCCAUACCUCCCCACUCAGCAGCCGCCUCAAGCCCUCCCUCCUGCCCGUCCACAGCCCGUCACCUUCACCACCGCGAGCUUCGCCGCCACCAAAUUCGGUUCCACCAAAAUGAAGAAGUGCACUGGAGCCGGGUCGCCGGCCAACUCCGGUGUCAUUGUCCCACCUUCGCAGAGGAUGCUCUCCCGCUCUCCCACCACCAUCUCGGCACCAGAGCUGCUAAAGCACAAGCCCCUGUCGCUCUCUUUGCACUCCCUUGGAGGUUCGAUCCCCAGCCAGCUCUCCCCCAGCGCUAAAGAAUUCGUCUACCCAGGAUCCUCAGGCCCCUUUUUCUUCGACGCAGACACCCAACCAAUGCAGCCACAAGCCAGCCCUUUCCAACCCUCGCACAACCUCGGGUCCAAUCCGACCUUCGACCCGUUCGCCAGCCCUUCUCCUCAAAGCGUGGGCAUCCUUAGCAGCAACGGAGGAAUCCCUUACGUGGAGAAACCGUCGUUUGACGGUUUAGGAAGCUACAGCCUGCAAUAUCCAAGCCAGUCUUUCCAGCCUGUGGUGCUGGCCAACUAAGCCUUCGUCUGGGACAAAAACACUUGGACGCAGACAUGGGUGACUCUCCACUUGUUUUCAGUUUUUCUAACAAGAAAUUAUAAUGCUAACCACGCAUCAAGAGUGGGUUUUGCUACAGAGAUUAAAAAUAAUAAUAAAAAGCAUCUCCAUAACGUACAUUUUGUUAUGCAUCUCUACAUGACAUUCAUUUUGCCUGGACUCAUUUCUGUUCUCCUUCAUGUCAACAUUGAUGGUUAGGGAGGCGAGUUUCUUUCUACUUUUUUUUUUUUUUGUGACGUGAAACCUUUAUGUUCCACUCCUCCGUCUCUAGAGCAGCUCCAUUUUGCACUGCACUGUCAUGCUGUGA